CUUUCUCUCCUAACGGAGCAUUAUUGUUUUUAUCUGAUCUUUGGGCAGCGAUGUCUUCCUCCGCUGAUCUUUCUACCGAACUGGUCUAUGUGGCUGGGUCGAAGCAUUUUCCUAUCAAGUUAACCAAAACCAAUUUCCUUGUGUGGCGCCAACAAGUUCAUUCUACACUUGUUGGUCUUGAUCUCCUCGCGCUUGUUAAUGGAACGGCUGCUACACCCGACAGAUUUCUUGAUGCUGGUAGCAAAAAGCCUAACCCGGCAUAUAUGCUAUGGCAUCGACAAGACCAAAUUCUACUCGGCGCCAUUCUUGGCAGUCUCUCUAAGUCGGUGCAGCCCCUUAUUUCUCUUGCCACCACAGCACAUGAAGCCUGGACUCAGCUUACCACCCAUCUGGCCAGUAUGUCCAGAGGACGUGUUCUUUCUAUUAAAGCUCAGUUGGCCGAAAACCCUCGUGGUUCACGGUCUAUUGAAGAAUUUAUGUCUGACAUGACCACCAUUUCCGACGAACUUGCACUUGCAGGCAGUCCGGUUGACCCUGAUGACCUCCUUAUGGUGUCCAUUAUGUCUCAACUUG